CUCUGUACUUCCGUUAGGCACCAUACGUUUUUAGACAUGGAGCGUGACCAAUAUCAGAGUGGCGACGACAGAGACGAAGUCUUUGUGCAAACUGUGUGCAAGGAGAUAACGAAUUUUGUGCAAGGUGAUGUUCACAACAGUGUGCUGAUCUUUCCAGUCCUGCCGAAACGCGAAAGAUUCCUGACUCACAAGGUUGUUGAAGAAAAGUUUGAGGACCUGUGCAGUUUCUCACUGGGAGAAGGCGUUUGCCGAAGGACGGCUGUGUGCCUGAAGUCGCGGCUUAUUUUCGCGUUUGACAACGGCUACUGCUUAGAUGAGGCAGCGCGAAAAGUAGCUGUGAGGCUUUGCAGAGAGAAAGGGCUUCCCGUCGAUUUCCUUUCACAUAGCAUCAGGAGACCGUUACCUUCAAGCAGAGAGAUGCAAGCACCGAGGCCAGCAAGGCAGCGGCAAAGGCGUCCAGAUAUGCAGCUGUAUGUGCCACGGGGGCGCAAAGCUGAGGCCUUGAAAACUGAUACAAGAGAUGCCCCUGCACAAGAAGCAAGGGUGCCUUCACAGCAUUUGUUGGAAAGCGAAGCAUCAUUAGCAACAACAGAUGCAGCAGACCCUCUGCGCAGAGAGGACACUGGGGCUCACCAUGAAGACACAAGUUCAGAACACAACAGAAAGCCUUCUGCUCACUUGAUCGAGGCAACUAAUGUGUGUGCACAAGCAUGGGUACCUUCACAGUGUUUGCCGGAAAGCCAAGCAUCAUUAGCAACAACAGUUGCAGCUAACCCUCAGUGCAUAGAGGACACUGGAACACACCAUGAAGAUGCAAGUUCAGAACACUAUAGCAAAGCUUCUGCUCUCUCGAGCAAUGUGUGUGGCAUGGGUGGUGAUGUCGAGUGUACUGGCCUGGAAGGCAGUAACUGUGAUGUGCUCUCAACAAGUGGAAAUUCUGAGAACAGUGAAGCUGUGAUCCAAGUAUGUUUGUCACUUUCACAGGAAACUGAGAAUGAAUACAUUAAGGAAACAGCAGAUGAAGGUUCUGAAGAAGUGAAUUCACUACAGGAGUUUUCGUCCGUUGUGACAGAUUGUGCAGGUAGGCAAAAAAAUACAAGCCUACAAGGAUUCCAAGGUGGGGUUGGCAUUGUAGUGGAUGACAGUGUUGUCAGAACUAGUGAAUCGACUGAAAAUGCAGCACACGAAGAACUGCCCCUUACAAGUCAUUUGGAGGUGGCACAGUCAUAUGGUGAGCAUGUAGACGCUACUCGAGAUAGCACUGAAGCAAGCAUCGAAGAGAACCAUAAGGAUGCUGAGGAUUCAUGGGAUGCUCUUUUUGAUGAAACAGGGGAAUGCGUUGCUCCAGAAGUUUUGAAAAAUAUCACUAAGGCCUUGGGUGACAUUAAAGUGCAUCAAGCAGAACUUGAUUACACCAAGUUUGAGCCUCGUAUUCCUGACCUCUCAGAAGCAGAGUAUGGCCAUGUCCUUGAGAUGUACGAUUUUCCUGCCGAAUUUGAAACAAAAGACCUUGUGACAGCAUUGUCAUCUUGCAGAGAUCAAUUCAACAUUAAGUGGGUGGAUGACACUCAUGCAUUGGCAAUAUUUUCGACGCCAUUUGCUGCGACAGAAGCUCUUGGCCUACAGAAUCCACUUAUGAAGAUGAGGCAUGUCUCGGAAGCCUCCAAGCAGUCCAAGCUGAAGAUUAAGCAUUGUAGUGAAUUCUUGAUGCCUUACAAACCUCGGCCGCAGACGUCUGCUUCUGUGGCACGCCGUUUGGUGAGCGGUGCCCUUGGCAUGCGGGUGAAUGUGGAUGCUGCACAACGAAGGAAAGAACUGCAGAUGUUGAAAGAGGCCAAAGGUAAGAAAAAGACUGCAGCCAAGCAGCGAACUGAUGUAUGGAAUGGAGACGUAUCAUGAUUUGUCAGCCUUGCUCACUGGCUUGAAAGC